GCCGGGAGACGCCAGCGCCGCGCGGGCCUGCAGCGGCGGCCCGGAGGCCUGAGCCAGACGCUGCUUUUAAAAGAGCUGUGAGGCCACUUGGGUGAUCGACAGGCACCGCCGGACACCUCCCUUUAGGAGCCGUUGCCACAUCCAGCCCUCCCAGGGCUGCGCCAUGCCGAUAGUCGAUAAGCUGAAGGAGGCCCUGAAGCCCGGCCGCAAGGACUCGGCGGCUGACGGGGAGCUGGGGAGGCUGCUGGCGGCCUCAGCCAAGAAGGUCCUGCUGGAGAAGAUCGAGUUCCAGCCCGCCAGCAAGAGCUUCUCCUACCAGCUGGAGUCCCUGAAGAGCAAAUACGUGCUGCUGAACCCCAAGACUGAAGGAGCUACUCGCCACAAGGGCGGCAGUGAGCCCCCGAUCAGGAGACAGGGCGGGGAGCGCUCGUACGACAGCUGCACGGACGGGGUCCCGGCCCCCCAGAAGGUGCUCUUCCCCACCGAGCGCCUGUCCCUGCGCUGGGAGCGUGUCUACCGCGUGGGCGCCGGCCUGCACAACCUGGGCAACACCUGCUUCCUCAACUCCACCGUGCAAUGUCUGACCUACACGCCACCGCUCGCCAACUACCUGCUCUCCCGGGAGCAUGCGCGAAACUGCCACCAGGGGAGCUUCUGCAUGCUCUGCGUCAUGCAGAACCACAUCGUCCAGGCCUUCGCCAACAGCGGCAAUGCCAUCAAGCCUGUCUCCUUCAUCCGGGAUCUGAAAAAAAUCGCCCGGCACUUCCGCUUCGGGAGCCAAGAGGACGCCCAUGAGUUUCUGCGGUACACCAUCGACGCCAUGCAGAAGGCCUGUCUGAACGGCUACGCCAAGCUGGACCGCCAGACACAGGCCACAACUCUCGUCCAUCAGAUUUUCGGUGGCUACCUCCGUUCCCGUGUCAAGUGUUCCAUGUGCAAGAGCGUCUCAGACACAUACGACCCCUACCUGGACGUCGCGCUGGAGAUCCGGCAGGCAGCCAACAUCGUGCGGGCCUUGGAGUUGUUCGUGAAACCGGACCUGACCAGUCAGUCAACGGCCUGGCCUGUUCACCAUGUCCCGUGUCCCAGUGGUUGCUUCCCAGAGCCCUCGACUGCCCCCUCCCCGGCCCUUCAUCCCUUCUCAUCGUGGGGUCCCUGUUGGCAGUGCUCUAACAACCGUGGUUCGGUUGGCAGUGCUCUAACACCUCCGUCCCCUGAGAGGCACCACCUCGGCGCGGGGUGGCUGGUGACCCCGAGUUGUUUCUCUCUGCCCCGUAGCUGCAAAAAGAAGGUCCCAGCCAGCAAGCGGUUCUCCAUCCACAGGGCUUCUAGCGUCCUGACCCUGUCCCUCAAGCGCUUUGCCAACUUUAGUGGGGGCAAGAUUACCAAGGACGUGGGCUACCCCGAGUUCCUCAACAUCCGCCCGUACAUGUCCCAGGGCAGCGGGGAGCCGGUCACCUACGGGCUGUACGCCGUGCUGGUCCACUCGGGCUACAGCUGCCACGCCGGCCACUACUACUGCUACGUGAAGGUCAGUCACCACUCCUGGACACCACAGCAGAGAAUGUGCCACCUUCUGGGGACAUGUCUGAGCCUCCGAGUCUGUCCAGUCCGCAGUCAGCACUGCACACACAAACCAAACCCAAGCCCAACCCCUGCCCUCGAGUCCACCCUCCCUCGGGCUUCCGUCCUCCAGCUGCAUGCCACUCUGCAACAGAAGGGUCCCACUGGUGACCGACAGGCCUGGCUGGGACGCCUCCUUUCUGCUUGCUCUGUUCUCUCCCAGCGACAAGACCCCAUGACCCCAAAGAAGCUGCAGGCCGUGGAGGAGCUUGGCGUGCCUGUCUCCCGAAACGGCUCUCUGACUGGCCUGAAGCCACAGAACGGGGCGGUCCCUCAAAAGCCACCCUCGGGGACCCCGUCCCCCAAACUCUCCAAAACGCCGAUGCACACGCCUACCAUUCUGGAUGAGCCUGGGAAGAAGGUCAAGAAAUGCGCCCCCCUGCAGCACCUCUGCCUGUCCCCCAAAACCUCUCAGGGGCCCUGCGGCACCAGCAACUGGAGUGGCGGCGGCAGCAGGUCAGAGAGCCGGCGGCCAGGCUGGGACAGCAAGGACACCGUCCCCUCUACCUCACCGAAGCUCCUGGCCCGAGCAGUCACCAAUGGGCACGGGCCAAAGACCCGCGACCAGAGCCCCGACUCCUGCUCCUCCUCGUCCUCGUCCUCGACACGAGGCUCCAGCAGCUCCAGCCCUGACCACUCAGCUGACAGCGCCACCCCCCAGACCCCCAGGAGUGGCGCCGCCCGCCUCUGCAAUUCUCAGGAAACAGACUGUCCUGCCAACGGCCACCCCAAGGCGAUACCGCGGGGAGGUGAUCCCAAAAUGGUGAAGCUAAAGUCUCCCACCCUGAGCAACAUGGCCACGGAGGCUGCCAGCAUCCUGUCUCCACCCCCAGCCAAGAAACUGGCCCUGUCAGCUGCCAAGAAGGCCCGCACCCUGCGGAGGGCGAGCAGCACUGACCUCUGUCCACCUCCCCGCCCACCGUCCACUGGGCUGGCCAGUCAGAGCAGGACUGUUCCCGCCCCCACACCACCGCCCAGCUACCCUCAGCCGCCCUUCCCACCCCACACCACCUGUCCUUCAUCGCCCACUAGCUCCCACCUUCUCAGGAGAGCGGAGCCACGGAGCUGCCCCUCUGCCCCCACCGCCCGGCCUCAGGUCAAUGGGGCUUCCACACACCCCCAGGACCACCUGCAGGAGGCCGAGGCCCCCCAGACUGUUCCUCGGAAGAAAAAGAAGCCCCGCUCGGGAGACAUCAGACGCCUGUGCCUGGAGGCGGGCUCCUGCCAGCCCAGUGGGGACGCCACCCCAGGGCCUCGGGGGAAGAGGAGGAGGAGGAAGAGGAAGCACUCGGGGAGGAAGAGGAGGAGGAGGAAGCGAAAGCGGGAGUCUCAGCAGGACGAGGACGUGAGUGAGCCUCCCAGUGGCCUGGCCAGCGUCCUGCAGCAAGAGCGUCCAGCUCUGGAGCUGAGUGGCCACGCGCCUCACGUGAACGGGCAGACGCACGUCCCUCCUGCACCCUGGAGCGUGGAGAGAGAGCCUGACGUGGUCCGGGAGUUGCUCAAGUUCUCAUCAGAUAAAGCUUACGGGAGAAAAGUCUUGACGUGGGAGGGUGAGCUGUCAGCGGUCAGUCGGGACGCCAUGGAGGACAGCAGACUGGCCCGGAGCCAGAUGGUGACGGAUGAUUGGGAUGAAGACUUCGACCGAGGGAAGGAGAAGAAGAUGAAAAAGCUGCGGAGAGAGAAGAGGAGGAACGUGAACGCCUUCCAGAGGCUUCAGAGCAGGCGGAACUUCUGGGGUGCGACUCACCCGGCAAAGGCCGCCAGCCUCAGCUACCGCCGCUGAGCUCCCACGACGCAAUGACUCCUGGAGAAAUGGCGGCAUCCCCUCCCGGAGCCCUGCACUAACGAGCACCCUGUGGGGACCUACUGUGGACCUGCCUGCUGCUUGCUGUCUGCGGGCUCCAGAGAGGGAGGCUGGGGGCCUGCUCGCCACAGCGGGACAGCUUGAGCAGAGGGCCUCCAGGGAUGCUUGUCAGGCCUGUGAGAGGACGCAGAGGACAGGCCAUCUGCACUGACUGAGCCCAGUGCCCACAGACAGUGGGGCCUCUUUCCCUAGAGAGGGCAGUCGCCCACCUGCUGCCCAGUGCCACCUCCUGGUUCCUCUGGGCCAGGCCCUGUAGCAGCCUCACCCUGAGUCUGAGCUAACCCAGCAGUUCAUCCGGAGUCCUGGAAUGCUCUCUGGUGAGGUGGCCUGGAGCGUGGAGCCCUCCUGUGUCCUGCUCCCCUCGACCAGGCCUGCGGCUUCCAUUGACCUUGGUCUCCCCUCCCCCACACCCAAGUGCCAGCUCUGUCCCCUGCCUACUCACCAGCCCUCUGUCCAUGCUAUCCUGCAAGUGCUUGUGGACCUAAAUGAUUGUAUAACCCAAGAAUUUUUUUAAUCUUGCUCAAGCUGUGCCUGCAAACUUGUAACAAAUGUGGAACUCCGUUAGGGACUUCAGGAGGCCGGCCAGAGGCCUCCUGUAGAGGGGGUGGCAGCAGUUCUGGAAACGACUCCAGCCCGGCCUCUGGCCCCGCUCUCCCUCGGGGGAACCCCAGAGGUGGGAGAGAUCUGGGGCUUGGCCCGUACCUCAGAGGGGUGCUUGUCAUCAGACCUCCACAGCGCCCUUAUCUGGCAGCUGGCUCUGCCCCUCUCCCUCGCCUGCCUCUGCUCUCUGCUCUGGGCCUGCUGAGCAGAUGGCAGGAGAGACAUGGCACUUACCCGUGGCUGCCUCCCAAUUCCUCCUUUUUAGAUUUCUCUAAAGUGGGGCCGGGAGGCCAUACUUCUGGGGCCUGGACUGGGAGCUGACUCUGAAGGUCAUUGUGUUCAAAGCUCCGCGUUCCCGUGGCGCUGUGGAAGCAACCUCUUGGGGUUGGCACUCAUUCCCAGGGGGGCCAUUUCCCAGCUGUGGACCCCUCACAUCCCCGGAUCAGGAAAGGAAACUCCGUGGACCUUGUGCCCACCCGCCCAGAAUGUGUGUGCUCCGUUCCUCGCCGUCCCUUCUCUGCAGAAAGCACCCCCCUUGCGUCUGUGCGGCGGGGCCCGCUGGCUUGGCUUUCGACGAUGCUUCAUCACUGUUUGUGGGGCCAGCCUUUCCCUUCGCAGUCAAUCACUAGCCAAACUGGGAAGGGCAAGGACACAGCCCCAAAUGAACCCAUGUUCUAGGCCGUGUGUUGUGGGUACAUCUCAACCCACGUGGACACGUACCAAGCCUCUGCAACAGCAGUCCCCUGGCCGGCCUAGAACCUGGGCUCCACCUGAUGCCACGGGGAAGCUGAGCCAGAGGCGGGCUGUGGGACCCCACCAGCUGUGCAUAGAGGUCUGCCCCACGCCCCGAAGGAAGGGUCGGGGCCCCGACGUUGCCUAGACCUUGGUGCAAUAAAAUAAACCAUUUUGUGACCCUG